AUGUAUCGAGCAUUUCCUUCGAGUUUUUUAGGUAGUGGUUUGGUAUAUAGUUGUUCAAGUAAAUGUUUAACUUCAGAAAAAUAUUCUGUUGCACGUGUAUCAUCUGUUGGAAACACAUAUUUAGUUUUUUUGUUAAAGAAUCAACUUUGGCAAGGUGGAAUAAAUUUUAAACCUUUAUUAAUAAUAAGUAAUUGUUCAUUGAAUAAUGGUAUAAGAGCAUUGGCAAAAUAUAAGCUAAGAAGUACAUUGGGAUGA